GACCAACGGGGGGCACUUACUGAGGGGUCUCGUCUCCUCCUUACCAGCUCCGCAGAGGUGAAAUGCGCCCUUUGCGUUGUGGGCAUCCAGGCGCUGGCCGAGAUGAACCGGUGGAGAGAAGUUUUGUCCUGGGUGCUACAGUAUUAUCACGUCCCUGAGCAUCUGCCGCCGAAAGUUCUGGAGCUGUGCCUCCUGCUGUACAGCAAGGUGCGAGAGCCCCAGGUGAUGCUGGAGGUUGGCAGCAGCUGGCUGCGAGACCAAACCAAUAAGGACCUUCCCGAGUACGGUUCGUUGCUGGAGCUCUACCUGCUGCACGUCUUGCUUCCGCUUGGCCGCUUUGAGGGGGCAGAAGAGCUUGUACGCGGCUGCGAUGUCGUUGACAGUGAGCAGCAGGUAGCGUUUCUGGGGACCAUUUGUGAAAGCCGAUGUCAGUGGACUCAGCGGGAAGAGCAGCACUCGGCUGCUGAAGAGCAGCAGGACGCAGCAACGGAAAGUGUUUUGGGUGCUCUGUCCCAAAAGCUCUUGACCAUGCUGACGUUGCUGCGUAGAGCACUGAGGUCCAUGUCAAGUCACUUCUGUUUACUUCCUUACAAAAAGAUGCUCUUGGCUACUUUUCUGCUUUACCUGGUGGUGGUGAGAUUAGACCCAGCUUCUCCCACAUCACUGCCGUUCAUUUACAAACUGAUUUGGGCACCUGUAUUUACGCCAAUCCAUAGGCCUCCGAUUCAAGACUAA